AUGAUAGCAAGACGCAGCGAAAGGAGGUUCGAGGGUACGAGGCCGGCGUCGUCUCUGCAAAGCUCAAAUGGCACGCUACCCGCCGACUUUGCCGCCUCCUACGAAUAUCGAGGCGAAUGCAUCGUGGACCUUUCUCACUUGCCAUCUCGUAGCACGCCACAAGCCUCAUCUUCGCAGGUCAUCUCACCGAGGAAGAGUCCGCGAGCAAAGCGAUUCAAAUUCAGCGACUUGUCGGAAGCGUUCUUGGACAACCAUAAUGACGAUGGUGAUGACAAAGAGGCAUAUCAAGCCAGCAGCAAUGCCUCUCCUUCCAAACGACGCACGAAAAUAGCUCGAGCAGACUCAUCCUCAGACGAGGCAUCUAGAAAUGCAAGCAGUCCCAGGAAAGCGAAAGCGCGCAAGAGGAUCAAACGGACUCGUGACGACCCCAACUCGGCCGCAGGUAGCAUAUACGCACAUCUCGACGGUGUACCAGACCUCUUUGCCGAGCACAACGAUGUCAUGUUCUGCGGUAUCAAUCCAGGCGUCAAAUCAUCCUCCUCGGGUCACCACUUUGCCCACCGUUCCAAUCACUUCUACCCUUCCGUACACCUAGCCGGGAUCACAGCACAGCGCAUCAAGCCUGAACAGGAUGUCGAGUUUCCCUUUCUGCAUCCCUACUCUCUUGGUUUGACGAAUCUGGCACCUCGACCCACAGCUGAAGGCGCUGAACUGCUACCGAGCGAACUAAUCCAAGGUGUUCCCGUCUUGGUCCAAAAGAUCCAGAGGUGGAAGCCCAGGACGGUGUGCUUUGUUGGCAAGGGUAUUGCUGAGGCUUUCGUCAAAGGUCUCAAGCAAGCAGGAGCUAUCGGCAAUCAGUCCACCGUCAAGAAGGGCCGCGGUUCGCACGCGGCCACUGCCAAGACGAGUAACGCGAAGCGCAAACCAGAAGUCAAGCUCGACACAAGCGAAUCAGCCUCUUCCCAAGGUUCAGUCAAACAGGAAGCAGACGAUCAGCCUGAAACCCGUUCGCUACAGAUCAGCAUCCCUUCCGACAUCCUGUGCGCAUUCACCGCAACCUCCAACGACACGAAACCCGCCAAGCUCACCAAGUCAUCCUCGCCGCAAAAGCCCAAGCAGCUCUACACGAAGGGCAAUUCCAAAGACGACACUGGCUACGGCAUCCUCCCUAUCUGCAUACCCCACUCCAACGCCGCCAACCAUCGCCCGCUCACACCCGAUCAAGUCACCCUGCUCUUCGUCACUCCCUCCAGCUCCGCACGCGUGACGACACACUUUCUCGACGACAAAGCUCGCAUCCUCACCAGCCUUCGACGCCUAGUCGACCACCUACGAGAUUUUGCCACAGAGAACAAGCCUCAGCAAAUCCCGACCCCACCCGUCAAGCUCGAAGCAGACAUGGCCCUUCACAGCGAAGCACCCUCUAAAACUCUGAACCUGACAGUCGUGGACACAUCCCGACUCCCAUCCACCGACACCUGA